AUUCUCUAACAACAAAAGUCAUGAAAAUGUUGUCUUCUUUCUCAUGCUUGUACAUAAUCAGUCUAGCAGUAGCCUCAGCUAACCAUCAGGAAUGUGGUGCUGAUCAUGACUCUCAGGCCUGUGAUUCUGAUAGCAAAGAUGGUCCCAAUGAAAGUGGAAUUGCAAGUUACAUCUCCCAGUCCCAAGGCUUGUGGAAUGAGUACUUACUCAACAUAAACUCUUCUCUGUCAGAAUAUCAGGGCUGUGACAGCUACCACUCCAACUGCUCGUGCCAUUCUCAAGUGAUAGACUCUGAUCUGGACGUGUGGGUUAGGCGAGGAGGUAUUCAACGUGAUGAGUUUGAUAAUGCUCGGGAUAAGAUGUACGGAGGAGUGCACUAUCAGAUUAUUAAUCACAAGCUGUAUCGCUCCAAGGACUGUGUAUUUCAAUCAAGGUGUAGAGGAGUUGAGUAUUUUAUUCUGGACGUAAUACAGCACUUACCUGACAUGGAAAUAGUCAUCAACGUCCACGACUAUCCUAAGUCAUACAAGCAUAAAAAUCCACUCCCAAUCUUCUCAUUCAGCAAAACUCCGGAAUACUUUGACAUCAUGUAUCCAGCCUGGAGCUUCUGGUCUGGCGGGCCAUCCAUCACCACUGAACCCAGAGGUCUGGGCCGAUGGGACGAGAAAAGACUCAGCAUCACCCAGUCUGCAAGUAAAUGGCCUUGGGAAGAUAAAAUUCCUGUUGCAUUCUUUAGAGGAUCUAGAACAAAUGGAGAAAGAGAUCCGUUGGUGCUGUUCUCGCGAGAGAAUCCUGAGUUUGUGGAUGCUCAGUACACAAAGAACCAAGCAUGGAAAUCUGAUAAGGACACCCUGGGUUAUCCUCCAGCAGAAAUUAUGUCAUUAGAAGAGCACUGUCAGUACAAGUAUCUUUUCAAUUUCCGGGGAGUUGCUGCCAGCUUUCGCUUCCGUCACCUCUUUCUGUGUGGGUCUCUGGUUCUUCAUGUUGGAGAAGAGUGGGUGGAGUUCUUUUAUCCCAAUCUCAAGCCAUGGGUCCAUUACGUACCAGUCAAACAGGAUUUGUCCAAUCUAAGGGUUGUGUUGGCAUUUGCUCGCAAAAAUGAUAAAGCUGCGCAACAAAUAGCAUCAAGAGGGUAUGAGUUCAUAUGGGCUCACCUAAAGAUGGAAGAUGUUCGCUGUUAUUGGAAGCAACUAUUAACUCGAUAUUCACAGCUGAUGUCAUGGAAAAUAGAGCCAGGCAUCAAUACUAACAUGAUCAGUAUAUAAAAGAGCUAGCUCAAUAAUUAUUAUCAUUUCAUGUGGUCAACAUGUACAUGUACAUGUAGAACACAUGUAGAUCGAUCUGUCAUGUUGUCAUGUAGAUCUUAGCUGUAGAUCUUAGCUGUACACAAGUCAUGUUAAUAAAAAUCAACCUGGAACAGAAAAAGCGGCAGCUGCAACAUUAACAGUUAAAGAUGGCAGACUUCCUUUUUCAGAGCAGCCCUGCCUCUCUGAAUUCGUCUGGAGAAUCUUCUCACUCUCAGAACAGUCCCACGGACUCAUCCGAGCAGGAAGUCAGCUACCUUCCGACAAAACACAAAGGAAAGAAACGCGGAGAAUUUCAGGGGGCCGAAUAUUCACUCCUAGAAACUGAUGAAGGAGAGAAAAAAAGAAAGAGGGCAAAAAAAGAGAGGACGAGAGUCAGCAACCUCGCCUUGGCCUAUCAGACUCUGGCAAGGACAAUCGGGCUCCUUCCACUUGUAGGGGCUCAGAAACGAAUAACGCAUGAGCAGAUACUUCAAGGAGCAGACACUUAUAUCACAAAACUUAAACAAGAGCUGGACUGUUUGAGGACAUCUCAUGGAACAUCUCAUGGAAAGGUCGUUUUUGUCAGCGGCUCUGGUGCACCAGUUUGUAAUCCUUCUGGACACUACACUAUUUCAUCUAAUGGUGAAGUGCUUGUUUCGCAGCAAAUCAAUCAACUUGACCACUUAGAUUUAAGUUGCGAUGAGACCUUACCACUGCCCCUUGAAGACUCUGACGAUUCAUCAGACAUUCCUAUGAGUAUGCAAGGCCAAACACAAACAUCCUCUGCUCCUGUUCUUAACUACGAACUUGUUUCUCCUAAUAACCCCUCUUUCAUCCCCGAUCAGACUCAGAUUCAGCAACUUGUCGGCGGGCUACAUGGAGAGUCAUUGGUGUCCUCUAGAUUUCUACUAAGCAACAGUCCGACCAUUUUGUCUAAUGUCCCCAUUCCUUCAUACACAUAUGUAGGCUCUUAUGAGGAAAUUGAGCUUCCAGCUCGCUAAAAACGAAGGAAGUGCCUAAGGACUGUCUCAGAACUUUGAUUUAUCACUUACUCAUCAUAUUUAUCUCUCUUGUAUCACUUAAUUAAUUGUCACAUAUUUUAGUAGCUAUGUGCAUUUUUUCAUGAUCAUGAUUUGUUGGACCAGCAUGCGUUUCUGUACUGUACGUCCUAACUAUACGUCUGAAUUAUUAUCUUGCAUAAUAAGUAUAGUUUAAUUAUAAUUAUGGUGUCUCGUUGAUAUCGGACAAAUUGCUGUGGACAUAAUUAUUAUACAAUAAGAAAUUCUCGAGAAUAGACGGAGAUAGAACUGCACAUAAUUACAUAGAGGUAAAUAACGUGUUCAUUUUAUAGUUUUCUUGCUUCGUUUCAAUGCUAAUGACAGCUCUUCUGAUAGUCUCUCCCUCUCCUCACACUCCUUACUAUUGCUUGAAGCUAAAAUC